CUGCGGCGGCAGCGGCCGCUGCGCAACAGCAGCACCAUCACAACAACAUGAUGAACCAAAUGCCACAAAUGCACCAUCACCACCAGCAGCACAUGAACCCGCACAUGCACCCACAUCACCACGGCCAUCCCCAUCACCACCAUCAGAUGAACAACAUGCAGCCGCACCAAAUCAAGUACGAGAUGCCCGAGGACCCUUACAGUUUCGUCGACGAGGACAUGCAACAUCACAACCAACAGCAGCAGAACAUGCAGUACGCCGAGGAGAUGAUGAUGCAGCAGCAUAUGCCCAAGAAACGGGGAAGGAAGAAAAAAUUCAAGCCCGAAGAUCCGAUGGGUAUGCAGUGUAUGAACCCGGACCAAGCGUUCGGUUUGAUGCAACACAUGAUGCCGAAAGACAAGUCCUUGACGAACGCCUCCAAAGUGUACAAGGAGAGGAAAAAGCACGACCGUUUCAACGGCAUGCCCGAAGAGGAAGUGUCCAAACGGACUUUGCCCGACCAUUUGACCAAUAAUUUGGAUAUCGUCAUUAUUGGAAUCAACCCUGGAUUGUUUGCGGCUUACAAAGGCCACCAUUACGCAGGUCCCGGCAAUCAUUUUUGGAAAUGCUUGUACUUGUCUGGGCUUACGCCGGAACCCAUGACGGCAGAAGACGAUUACAAACUUCUUCAAAACGGUAUCGGAUUUACAAAUAUGGUAGAACGAGCCACCAAAGGCAGUGCUGAUCUCACGAGAAAAGAAAUUAAAGAAGGAAGUCAAAUCCUCUUAGAAAAACUACAACGGUUUAAACCGAAAAUCGCCGUGUUCAACGGAAAGCUCAUAUUCGAAGUGUUCUCCGGAAAGAAAGAUUUUACGUUUGGUCGUCAACCAGAAUUAGUCGACGGAACAAAUACGUACAUGUGGGUAAUGCCGUCGUCCAGUGCUCGAUGCGCUCAAUUACCGAGAGCCGCCGACAAAGUACCGUUCUACGCUGCGCUGAAGAAAUUUCGAGACUACUUGAACGGAUUGGUGUCGGAGAUUGACGACAACGAAGUAGUGUUUUCUUUUACCAAACUGAAAAACUAUUACGAGCCGGAAAUCAAAGAGGAACCGAAAGACGAAGUGUCGUCGGCGUAUUUCAACAACUACAACUCGCUGGUGGACGGCCAAGACACGAUCGACAACAUUGCCGACAUCAAAGAAGAACCGCUGGUGGCGCCGAAGAAGAAGAGAGGCCGGCCGAAGAAAAUUAAAAACAAAGACGGUGCGCCCGAAGAGGUGAAAGUCAAACGGCCCAAGCCCCAAGCGGUGGUCGAGAACGACAAGGACGGCGUGCCCAAAAAGAAGCGGGGCAGGCCCAAGAAAAUCAAACCCGACGCCAAUCAGUUACCGCCCGCAAACAACGUGCCGCCGCCCGUGAUGCCGUGCGAACACAGCAACCCUUCGACCCAGCUGUCCAACUGUUUCUCGCCACCGAUCCAGUCGCCGAUGAACUUGUCGCAGCUGUACGGAGGCAACAACGUUAUCAACAACAUAUACAACAACCAAAGCUCAUCGCACUCGCCCGUAUCGAACGGCGGCAACAACAAUAACGCUGCGUACCAUCGGUCGCCCAUCCAGUCGCAACAGCACAGGUAUUCGCAGUCUCCGCAAGCCCCGUCGUUCACGCACUCUGACCUGUCGUCGGAAAUCAGUGCGGCCAUCUCAUCGGAACACAAUUUGGGUUCUAGGUCUCCGGCGUCCCCUAGCCUGGGCCCGCCGGAUUUUGAACCGCCCACCAGCCUGCUGGCCGAAGACACUAGUCCGCACAGUAGCCAGCACAGCGGUGUCGUCGGCGCCAAAGAAGAAAUGAUCAACAACGUCGCCGUCGAUCAACAUCACAACAAUAGGCCGUCGCAAAUGGACUGUCAGUUCAACAAUUCCGUUGGACAACAGCAAUUGCCACCGCAGAAGGCCAACCAAAAAAUGGAUAACAACAUGCAUCAUUAUCCUCCUCCGCCGCAUGGGUACGACGAGUACAACGCUGCCGUCGGUUCGCCGGUUUACCCGCCGGCCGAAUCCCCGUAUCCUCCGCCUCCUUCGGCAUAUUCCCAACAACAGCAGCAGCAACAACAACAGCAGCAGCAGCAGCAGCAACAACAACAACAACAACAACAAAAGAUUACCAACAGCCAAGACGUGACCGCCAAGAGUCUGUCGGGUCUGGAAUCUUUGGUCGAACAAAUUCCCAACAUGAACGAAAACGAAGUGCAGCACGGCGGUCAUCACCACCAUCACCAUCACCAUCAUCAGUACAUGGAAGAGUCCAAUGCCGCAGCCGCCGCGGGCGGUUACAUGCCCAACGAUUACUCUUGUCCGCCGGCGAUGAACUAUUCGUAUUCGUCGCCGCAACAACAGAACAUGAACAGUUUUUCCGUUAGCUCACUGACCAACGGUGGCAACCCCCAUCAGCAACAGCAGCAGCAGCAGCACUCGCCCAUGUCUCAGUCGUCGACGUUCUCGGUCAGCAACCUGGCCUCGUCCAACUAUCAUCCCCCACCGUCACCGUUGAAUUACAACCACCAUCAUUCCGGCGGUGGCGGCGGCGGCGUCAUGAUGGACAUGGACCGGUUACAGCAGCACCAUCAAUACCAGCCGCAGUACAACCAGUAUCCCGGAUCGAUGCAAUACAACGGGGGCGGCUAUCCCAGUCCUCAUCACAACAUUCACAUGCCGACGCCCAACUUUGGCUAUCCGCCGCAAACAUCGAUGCCGUCGUAUAGCAACGGCGGCGGCAACGGAGUUUCGCCGUACGCUCAGUCCAACGGCGGCGGCUAUUUGUCCGUAAAUCGCAUGGACAUAGGGUACGGCGGUAACUAUUAAGAAAAAUAAAAAAAAAAGACUGCGAUAUAUAAUUUUCUUCGAGGAUCGUUUUUCUCAACCGUCGCAUUAGUGUGUUUAUCUCGUAUCUUGUAUAAGGUACAUGAUGUUUAUGAGAUAAAUAUAUAUAUAAAAAUAUAUUAUAUAUAUAUAUAUAUAUAUAUAUAUUAAGUCGGUUUUACGAUAUUCAGGGAAUGGACUUGUCUGCACGAAUCUUAGGGUUUUUUUUUUUUUUUUUUUGUGAGGUUUGAGUUAUCGUUCGAUAAGGUUUUUUUCUUAUACUUCUUUUUUAAAAAAAUUAAGAAAAAAAAUGUAGUUUUGUCGGUUGAAAGCCACCGCCAGUUUGAUGUGUGUAAAUAAUGAUAAAUAUAUUUUAAUGUUGUUUGCAAAUUAUUUCUCAGUAUACUAAUAAUUCUAAGUUACCACUGACGAUCGAUGAAUUAUUUACUAAUGCGAUAACAACGGCGGCACAUAAUAUAAUCUUUAAUCGGCGACCCACUUUGAAAAUGUUUUCACUUUGCAAUCGGUUUUUUUCAUUCAUUCAUUUUUGUUUUCUAUAAUUAUAUUACUCUUUCUUUUUUUUUCUUCGUCUUUUUCUUAAAUAUUAUAAUAUUUAAUACGAUUGGCAAUGUUUGCUGCGCUGAUUCAACUCGAAUUUGUUCAACGUCAUCUUUUUGCUCAACCACGAUAUUGUUAUAAUAUAUAUUUAGAGUAAUAACGACAUAACAUAAUAUUUUCCACGUUACCAAUAAUUAAACCUCUUUUAAGUUUUGUUUUUUUUUUUUUCAAAUGGUUAGUGGGUUCCUAUUUGGUUGAUAUAUAUUAUGAUGUGUCUUUGUGUGUGUGUGUAUGUUUGUGUGUGUAUGUGUUGGGAAAAGAUAACCAUAACAAUAUUGCUGUUAUUUUAAACAACUUUUAUUCACUUUUUUUGUUCACGUUCCGGGUUUGUGCAAUUAAAUCACAGUUACCUUUCGUUUGGUUCGCAAUGUCGUUAACGUAACACACGUAUUAGUGGAUGUCUAGAGAGAAUAUUAAAAUUUCUUUAAAAAAUCAAUCGGUCGUAGUUAACACCAUUCGCAAUCAGUUGGGUUAGGUUAUGUUAUGUUAAUAACAACUAUCGACCAAAGUUUCGAUCCCCUUUUGAUUGUUAUAAAGAAUCUGCUCAAUCCGUUCACUCAGAAAAGAAGGUAAAAUUUUGCAAAGCCUUUUAUAAAGAGUGCAUGGAAAAAUAAAUUAUCGACAAGUGUCGCUUAAACAAAAGCGUUAAUGAAUUUCUGACUUACGACAGAUCACACAAGAAUUCUUACGAUCUUCUCGGCUUUUCUUUUCUUUCUUCUGUCCGACUUCUUUUUGGUUUUAUUACAGAGUUUAAGUUGAGAAUUUUAGGUUUAUUAUUAUUGUUUAUAUAAUAUAUUAUAUUAUUUUAUUACACGUCGAUUGGCCGUCGACGGUCAGAUGAAAUUUGAUUUUUCAUUACGUUAAAUGAUUCUUGGAUCGUCAAACAACAACAUAUAAUACAAUACUAUACAAAAAAAAGAUAAAGGUUUUACCAAAAACAUAAUAAAAAGAUAUUUUACUUUAACUUUUGGUAUUGAAACCGAAAAGCUGGAAUUUAGCCUGAUUACGUUGUUUUUGUCGGGACGUUAAGUUAACCUAACCGUUGAAAAGUCCAAGCAAACGUUUUUCUAGUAAGAUUUUUCUUUAUUUUUUGAACGGAAUACAAAUUUAGAACAACACGUGCCAAAGUUUACACCGUCAAUUUUUUAUUUGUAUACAAUGUAUUAUGUAAUAUUACGUUGCGGUUUUGGCUCAAAUUCGUUCCUUGGUUUUAAAAAAAAAAACUAUCGUGUGCGUGUGUGAAUUCGUUUAAUGUGUUUUUAAAUGGUUUUCAAUGUGUACUUAGAGAGCUCUUGUUAUUAUUAUUGUUUAUUAUAAUAUAACUUUUUUUUUAUUAUUAUUAUUAUAAAUGUAUAAUUUUUAAAUAAUUAUUAUAGAUAGAUAUAAAUUGAAAAAUAAUAAUAAUGAUAAUAAUUUUUCGUUAAGCGUUUAACGCGAGACGCGUCUCGUCAUUAGAUAAUAGUUAUAUCGUUAAUAUUAAGUUUUUAUUAUUAUUAUUAUUUCUUUUUUUUUAAAAACUUAUUCAAAUCUUGUUGACUCAUAUUUUUAUUUAAUUUUUUUUUCCAUCGUAUACGAUUUUUGAUAAGUGACUCCGCACAACUUUUUUUUUUUUUUUACCUAAUAGUUUUAUUUUCUCUAACGGUAUACCUAACGCGAUCUCGGUAUACAAGGCAAUAAUAUAAUAUAAUAAUAAUAAUAUUUCUGAAACAAUUAGUUUUUAUCGUCGACUCUUGGUUUUUAAUUUUUUUUUUAAUAAUAAGUAUACGUAAAAAAAAUAGACUGAUUUUACGACAUAAUAAUAAUAAUAAUAGUUUUUUUUUUUUGUCUAUGCUGUCACAUUAGUUUAUUUUAACAAAAAAAAACUGUAAUAAUUGUAUAGCUUAAGGAAUUUUAUUUAAAAAAAAUAAUAAUAAUAUAAAAAGAGGUAGAAAAGUAAUUUAACGCGAGAAAUAAUCGACAAACGCAAACUGUUUAUUCGAUAGAGAUCCAAUUUGGCUUAGAUUGAAUGUGGUGAAAAAAAAACUCUUGGGAAUUUAAAUAAGUAAUAGUAAUUUUUAUUAUAUAAUUUAAUUAAUGUUGACGAUAAAAAAAAAAAAGGAAAUUUUCUAGUUGUAAUUAAUAGAUUAAAAAUUGUGUUGUCAAGUACAAUAAAAAAUUUGUUUUUAAAUAUUAAUUAAUUUACGGCAUAAAUAUAGUUUUUCUCUUAUUAUCAAUUAUAAUUUUUUAUUAUUGUUUCAACGUUGUCAUCGACGAAUACGUUCAAAAUUAGAUUGAAUAAAAGUCGUCUAACGAACGACUCGCAAAUUAAAAUUAUAGCUAACCGUAGUUAUUGUUAUUAUUAUUGUUUCUUUUUAUUAUUAUUUCAUUUUUACGGACAAUUAGUUUUGUUUUGAUCUUCGACGUUGCCGUCGUAACAUUGCAAAAAUUACACUACUCUAAUCAGUUGUCAAAGAUCUGUUCGUAACCGAUAAAUACAUUUUUAUUAAACUAUAUUUUAUUUUAUUGAAAAUAUAGAAAUUACUAUUAAAAACGACCUCGUAAAAUGUUUUUACUAAUAACAAAGCCAUAUUAUCCAUCGCCGCCACACUCUUGGAACGUUUGUAGUUUAAGCCAUAUCGUUCUAACAAACAAAACCGUUAAUCCUCAAAUUUACAAUAAACUGUUUGACGACACUAAGUCCCCGUAAGAUACAUGUUACGUUUCAAUUAAUGUUCAUAUUUUUUUUUCCAAUUUUAUUUUAACGUUAAUAUACGUAAUAUUAUUUUGCCGUAGUUGAUAUUAUCUGUUAACCCUGUGUUAAACCUUUGUUGAAAAAAAUGAUUGUCCCACAAUGAAUACCUCACGGUGUUGCAAGAAGUCGCAUAGGCCAGUCGUUACGGGUUGACCCGUAACACGAUUGAUAUAACGACAAUUAUUUUUUUAUUUUUUUUUUGUCGUGUUUAAGAUAAUAGUAUAUAUUAUAUAAAUAAUUAGAUUAUUUAUUAUCAUUUUUGUACAAUGACGAUAUUAUUAUUAUUAUUAUUAUGAUAUUAUAUUCACGACUGUUGUACGAAAUCGAUAUUGCGCCUUCGGGUUACGAUUUACGAUUUCUUUAUUAUUUAAAAAUAUUAUAAAGAUUUUUUUUAUUAUUAUUUCUAAUCAAAUCUAUACUUGUACAUUUGUGUAUAAUAUAAUAUAUAAAAAAAACAAAAACAAGGUGCAUUCUGAAUUUUUUAUUUCAUUCUAUAGAAAUGUAUCCUUAAUAUUAUUAUUAUUAUUAUUAUUGUGAAUAUUUGUCUGGUUGAUUGUAUUUAAAAUUGUUAAUUAGCUAUAAAUAAAAAAAAAAUUUGAUAGUGCCGUGUUAGCCGGCAAAAUGCGUUUGUUCGCCUCGGGUCUAUUAUUAAUGGAAAAACUUGUAUAAAAAAAAAAGUAAUAUAAUUUUAAAAUGUUUUUAACCUUAAAUAAUAUUAUUAAAAUUUCUAUUAUUAUUUUUUUUUUUUUUUGGAGUUCGUUUGGUAUAAAAUUUAAAAAAAAAAUAUAUAUAUAUAAUGUAAUUAUUUGUCAGAAUAUAUUCGGAUAACGGAGAGGCGUCGCAUUCGGAAUAUUGAUAUAAAAUUUAAAAAAAUAUAUACUAUAUAUAUCUGUGUAUAUACUUGUAAACUAUGAUUUUUUUUUUAUUUUAUAAAAACUAUUUGUAUUUGUAUUUACGUCAAACUAAUAUUAUUGUUUUGAUAUAUUAUGUUAAUAUUAUUAUAAUUAUUAUCAUUAUUAUU